AUGACGUCAUCAGUUACGUCUUCUUCUACUCCAACAAUGACGAUGACCACUCGUCCGACGUCUCUAUCUGAUUCCGGGGUUCAAUUGUCUCCAGAUGCGGAAACAACUUUGCCUUCUUUGACUUCUCCGUUAUCUGACUCGAACUCGUCUAUGAUGAGCGAUGAUGGGAAAAGAGGUGAUGACACUCAACGAGCAAAAAGCCGAAUGGAAAAAUAUUUUGCGGAGAAAACGGAUAAAAACAUUUUUAUGAAAAUAAUCCAUCCAAGUUACCACGAGAGGAACCAACAAUUCAAGAAAAACUUCGUCGACAAGGGACUCAUCGAUGAGAAUGAUCAGUUUUUGGCUUCCUACUCAUGUGCAUACCAACGAGAAAUUCUCGCCCAGGGCCGGAUGUUCAUUUCCCAAUUUCAUGUCUGUUUCCAUGCAAAUAUCAUGGGAUGGGAGACGACUCUUGUGAUCCCAAUGAAGGAAAUCAAAUUGGUCAAGAAGAUGAAAGCUGCCUACAUUUUUCCAAAUUCUAUUCAGAUCGAACGAAACACCAGCGAGAAGUACUUCUUCGCGUCGUUUAUAAAUCGUGACAAAUCGUUCCAAGUCCUGACUACAGCACAUCAAAAGAUGGUUGGAGAAGAGGCGAGAGCGAUGACACGAGAAGAAGUUUGGGAUAUGGUGUAUAAUAAUGAGGAUAAGACACCCGUCUGCCGCAAGAAAAGAACAAGAAAAACAGAAAUUAAUGCAUACUCUCGGUACUGUUUUUCUCUUUUUAUUAUUCGUCUUUUCUUAUUGGAACCAAGCUGUGACUGGUACCACCAACCGAGUAUAAAAACACUGGCUCAAUUGAGUCUAUCUCUUUUUGUCCCUCGAAGUGUCAUGCAAAGAAUCAACUCGCUUGAGGCAUUCGCUGAGGAAAUUCCGUAUCUUCCUGAGCGUUUGGAUGAAAUGCGUGAUCGGGUUAGGAAUCUGCGUGUGACGAACCGUCUUACUGUAGCUAUUCCGGCUGAAAAUCUUGAUGGAAGCUUCCCAACUCCGAUGUCUAUUAAUACAGAUAACAUAUGGGAUUGUUUGAACCCUCAAAACCAGACGCCACCCGACGGAUCCACUCCAGCCUCAUCAAUCAAAACCGCAUCGACUGAAAAUAUGUCGACUCUUGCCACCUCCCCCACCUUCACGGUCUCCUCAACUUCCGACUCCACCACUAUGAAACCAUCUGAUAAAGACAACACUUCUCAAAGCUCAACCUCAUCUGAUUUCCAUGACGAUGACUCGACCGCCCAUCUCUCCGAACAAUUCGAUAUGGAUGACGAAGAGGUUCAAUGCCCGUGCAGUGAGCAUACUGGUCGUCUUAUCAUGGAUCAAGAAGUGAAAGUUUCUGUCGAGAAGCUCUACGAGUUGCUCUUCACAGAAAAUGAUUUCAUGUCAGAGUACAAUAAGAAGAAUCGAGUGGAUUCUUUUGUCGCUGCCACCUGGGUUCGCAACCAUCAAGGAGAGAACACUCGCUCCUGCACCUAUACUAUAUUCGUGGCUAAUCCCCUUGCCUCGAAAGAUAUCGUUGUGAACGAAAAGCAAGUUCUCAUCCACUUCACCAAUCCAAAACAUGGUUUCAUUAUGCAAAAAGAGACUCAAAACUCGGGUGUCCCAUAUGCCGAUCAUUUCACUGUCAAUUGUCAGUAUUGUGUCUCUAGAACUGGCCCAACUUCGUGUCGAGUCAAGGUUCACGCUGCGAUUGUCUAUAAGAAGAGUAUCUGGGGUGUUGUGAAGGGAUUCGUUGAGAAGGGCACUUUCAGUGCUUUGGAUGAACAUUAUAAGAUUUUGAGCAAGAUGUUCGAAGAGUACACGUUGAAAAAUCCGGAGCCGGAGAAGAGAUCCAUCGUUUCUGCAAACUUCCCCGACCUCGAUGUCACACUAAAACCAUCGGAUAAAACUCCUGAAAUCCGUCGUCGUCGCACCAAGAUGCCGGCCGGUGACCGUCUUAUUGCUGGCGGUGAAGUUAGCAAGUCGCUAGAAUUCGCUCCAAUGCCGCGUGAAAUCCAACCGAUCACCGUCACAAGUUCUGCAGAAUACAAGCCGUUUUUGUACAUCAUUACUGCACUCCUUGCUCUUUUCUUGAUUUUGAAUCUCUAUGUUCUGCGGGGAUUCCAGAAAGAAUCGACUGCCGUUGCAAUUAACAACAAUCAAGAUCUCGGCCAAAUGCUCUCAAUAUUGAUGGAUCAAGUCAAGGAGCUUAAGGAAAAAGUAGAUCAAAUGAAAGCUAAUCAAUAA